AUGCCACCCCCUUCAGCACAUUUUGAUACGGAUCUGGAUAACAAUGAAAGUGCCGACCUGACACCCGAAAUCGUAGCCGUCGACAGACAGAAUGGUAAGCUAUUUGGUGGGACAGGCGACGAAUCUACAGCAUGCGAGCUUAAUAACACUGCGAAUGAUACCCAGGAUAAUGGCGCGGUCCAAAGUUACGAAUUAGGCACAACAAAUAGCAACGGAUUCAAUGUCAAUGAAGACUCAGAUGCUUUCGAGGAGGAUGGUAUUUCAAUUGACAUUCCAGAAUUGGAAUUGAGAGAAAGCCAGGCGCUGCUACUCCUUUCCUGGAUACUUCUUGUAUAUCGUAAUACGGAGAAAAACCAGGACAGCCAAUACGCUUUCAACAACACCACUGCCACUAUCAAAGAUGUUAUCUUCGACGAUGCGGAACCAAUAUCGAAGUCCCUGCUGGCGGUUCGGCAGUUGCUGGACGAAAGUAGUCUUUCCCCAACAAGCAGUGACUUGAACCUUUCAACAGUAGCAGUAGAUGCAGAUUACACUUCUCAGUUUCAAUUAGCAAUAUCAAGCCAGAUUUCCGGCCCGAAGCUCCUUCUGCGGCUGUCCAAUACUCUGCUCGAACUUACACCAAAUACAGCUACAAUUCAUAUCCAUACCUUCCUUGACAUUUUCCAAAUAGUUCUGUCUGACCAAAAUCAAUCUGUCAGCCAGGCAAUACAAGUUAGCGAGCGAGAGUCGAAACAGCUUUGGGAGUGGAAUGCCGUGGUUCCUCCUACAAUUGAUCGAUGCAUGCAAGAUAUCAUCAGUGAGCGAGCGCAACAAGACACGACCCGGUCGGCCGUUGUCUCAUGGGAUGGAGGGUUCAACUAUGGGGAGGUUGAUGGACUCUCUACGCGACUCGCCUAUAGAUUAAAAGAAUCUGGAAUGGGUUUGGGGAGUACAAUCCCAUUAUGUUUCGAGAAAUCGAGAUGGACUGUUGUCGCGUUACUCGCAGUAAUGAAAGUUGGUGCAACUUUCGUGCUUACCGAUCCGCACCAGCCAGAAGGCCGACUAAAGAUAAUCUCCGAUGAAGUAGGAGCACGAUUAGUUAUUACGUCUACCAAACAAGCCGAAUUAGCAUCGAACUUCGCGCCGAAUGCGGACGUACUGGUGGUAGGAAAUGAUUUGUUACAAGACCAAUGCCCACUGCCACCAGACCCACUCGACAAAGUACCAGCAUCCGCUGGUUUAUACACUAUCUUCACCUCUGGGAGCACUGGAAAACCAAAAGGUAUUAUUCUCACGCAUGCCAAUUAUACCAGUGGAGCUUUGCCAAGAGCAGACGCAGUUGGCUAUCGACCGCAUUCUAGGGUUCUGGACUUCGCAUCUUAUGCUUUCGAUGUUUCGAUUGAUUGUAUGCUCUGUACUCUUGCACAAGGUGGCUGCAUCUGCGUUCCAUCCGAGGAGCAGCGCGUUAACGAUCUGAGCGGCGCUAUUAGAGACAUGAACGUUAACAUGGCACACAUGACACCUUCAGUGGCACGAGUACUUGAGGCUGACGGAAAUGUCAUGGAAUCACUGGAAGUGUUGGGACUUGGUGGAGAGUUAGUGACAGCGGGCGAUGCGGCUUCGUUUGGGCAAAAGACGAAGGUUAUUAUUGCAUAUGGGCCAUCAGAAUGUACUGUUGGAUGUACGAUCAAUAAUGAUGUUACAGUAGAGAAGAUUUAUACGACCAUCGGCAAAGGAGUUGGUGGUCUUACUUGGAUCGUUGAUCCGGACAAUCAUGACGUAUUGACACAUCUUGGAGGGGUUGGCGAACUAUUGAUUGAAGGACCUAUCGUCGGGGUUGGCUAUUUGAAUGAGCCAGAAAAGACAGCUCAAGUAUUCAUCGAAGACCCGAAAUGGUUGACUGCUGGACAUUCAACUACACCAGGGCGACAUGGGCGACUGUACAAAACUGGUGACUUGGUUCGAUAUGACCCAAAUGGUUCCGGCCGUAUAGUAUUUGUAGGAAGGAAGGAUAGACAAGUCAAGCUACGGGGACAGCGAGUGGAACUGGGUGAGAUUGAGUUCAAUUUGCGACAAAGGCUCCCAGCGGGGGUUAGUGUUGCGGUUGAAGUAAUAAACCCAAGUGGUGGUGCAGAUACCCUGGUUGCAUUUCUGUCUGAGCACAGUGAGAAGGGUUCAAUUGCUACAACGGAUGUUUUGUCCUUCUCCAGUCAACUUCAGCAGGACUUGAGCAAGAUGGAGGACGGCCUAAGUUCAGUCUUGCCAGUAUACAUGAUUCCAACAGCAUAUAUCCCGCUCAAGGAGAUGCCACUGCUGGUGUCAUGCAAAACUGAUCGCAAACGAUUACAAGAAAUAGGCAACUCAUUGUCGCAAAAGCAACUUGCAGGAUAUCGAGUUCAAGCGGCGGUGAAGAAACAGAGCCCGACAACAGAUAUGGAGAUAAGAUUGCAUGAGUUGUGGACAGAAAUGUUUGAUAAAGAUAGUGAGAUCGGCGCGAACGACAGCUUCUUUGCGAUAGGGGGGGACUCGCUAAAAGCGAUGAAACUUGUUGCCGAAGCCAGAAAUAAAGGCGUCUCCCUAUCGGUAGCAGAUGUUUUCAAGCACCCAACUUUGACAGAGUUAGCACUACUUGCUGGUAAGAUCUCGACAGAAGAGAACCUGGAAGUUCCACCAUUUUCGCUACUUGAAGCCAGUUGGGAGGUGGAAUCUGCCAAAUCUGAGGUUGCAAAACUAUGCCAUCUAGAUUCGUCGCUUGUCGAAGACAUUUAUCCUUGCUCACCACUUCAAGAAGGAUUACUUGCUCUGUCAGCUAAAGUCACUGAAGCUUAUAUUGCUCAGCGAGUUGUCGAGCUGCCAAAUAUUGAGACUGUAAAACGACUCAAAUCAGCUUUCGAUAAAGUGGCGACAGACUGUUCAAUACUGCGUACGAGAGUAGUCCAAGUUCCCGGCCACGGAUUGAUGCAAGUCGUCGCUAAAGGAGAGAUUCUGUGGAAUGAGAGCAGUGACUUGGAUGAAUACCUAGAGCAAGAUCGCAACCUUCCUAUGGAGUUGGGAGAUUCCCUGGUUCGUUUUGGAUACAUCGAAUCAGAUAAGAAAACAGGAAAAGCUCAUUUAAUUUUGACCAUCCACCACGCGCUCUACGACGGAUGGUCAAUGCCAAGGGUCAUUCAUCGUGUGAAUUUGGCAUACGCAGGUUCCGAAAUAGGUACACCUACCCCUUUCAGCGCAUUUAUAAAAUACCUAGCUGGAACAGAUGGAACAGGCUCAGCAGAAUUCUGGAGACAGAGGCUUGACGGAGCGAAUGGACUGCAAUUCCCUACACUACCUGAACCUGGAUAUCAACAGAAAGCUGACUCCCUGCUUGAACAUUAUGUUACGCUUCCAAAGCUAUCUACUGGCAUUACACUCGCCACUGCCUUCCGUGGAGCGUGGGCGAUUAUAGCAUCUCAAUACGUCGCGUCCAACGACGUCGUCUUCGGAGAGACUCUUACAGGAAGAAAUGCGCCUAUAGCUGGAGUAGAAACGAUAGAAGGUCCUAUGAUUACCACAGUACCAGUACGAAUCGUUGUUGAUAAAGAGGCGAGCGUCUCGGAUUACCUUCAAGGAAUCCACGACCAAAUUGUCCUCAGAAUCCCUCACGAGCAUAUGGGUCUUCAGCACAUCCGUCGGCUCAGUCCGGAUGCUCGGGAAGCAUGUGAGCUGAGAAUGGGAUUAGUAUUACAUCCCAAUGCCGAGCCAGAGGAAGAAAUGAGACCUAGCGAAAACAGACCAGCCAAUGGAUUUGUUCCGGCAGGUGAUGAAGACGCUGCACGCGAAGCUUUGAAGUUCAAUAGUUAUGGUCUCAUGUUGGUGGUUUCACUGGACGCUGAUGGGUUUUUGAUCAUGGCAAGUUUUGAUUCUAAGAUGGUGGAGAUGUCUGUCAUGGAGAGACUUCUUGAUCAGCUGGGGAGAACUGUACAACAAUUAUGCACUGAGCCGAAACGGCUGAUUAAAGAUCUCAAUGUAUUGAGCCCGGCGGACAUUGAUGAGCUUGAGCGUCUCAGUAAAACUGGUUCACAGAGUCUAGGCAACUCUUUGGAUCAAGUUGUUGGUGAAGACAAACAGAUUACUGCAACACGGAUAGUUGAUCCUGCAAAUUCAGAAACUAUACUCCCAGUUGGAGCUAUUGGAGAGCUCUUGGUUGACAUAAAAUCUACGGAAUCAUCUACUUCAUCAUCUGAGAUGGUCAGCUCACACCCAACCAGUUUAUUGGCGAGAUAUUCCGCAAAUGGAUCUAUCAUUCUGAUGGGACCGAAAAAUGCAGUCAAAGUAUCUGGGGUCGUUCCGCAAGAACGGAAGCAAUCAAUCAUUAUUGAACUGACAGCAAGACAACAAAGACUCCAAGCUUUAUGGGCUCGCGUCCUUAAGGUUGACCCAGCUGAAAUAACACUUGAUGACAGCUUUUUCGAGCUCGGGGGAGAUUCGAUCUCAGCCAUGAAACUUGUUGCUGAGGCUAGGAUGGAUGGUUUCAAAUUAAACGUUGGUCUAAUCUUUCAACAUAGACGCUUCAUCAAUAUGGACAAAAUACUUGAAGACUCGCUUAUCAGCGAACCUGUAUCAGAUGGACCAAAACCAUUCUCAGCUCUGGAUAUAAAUGACGUGGAAGAUUUUGUCUCUAACAAGAUCCAAAACUCUUUGGCGAACCCGAGUUGGAAAAUUCUUGACGUUCUACCUGCUCGACCACUUCAGACUGUCGCUGUGCAAGGAACCGUCAAGAUCCCUCGCUUCUCUGCUCGGUACGAACUAUUCUAUCUUGAUGCAGAAAUUGACAAGACUCGUCUUUACAAAGCAUGUCAGGAUCUCUUAGCUCGUAAUGAAAUUCUGCGAACAGUAUUCGUCGAAGAUGAAGGUCGAUGCUACUCCGUCGUCAUCGAAGACAUCCAAGUCCCAAUAAUCGAGUACGAAAUCGAAGACGACAUCGAAACAUUCUCCAAAUCGCUCUGCAAUCUCGACGUCCAAACCCGAAUGCCCUUAGGCUCAGCCUUUGUAAAAUUCAUGCACGUCCGCGCCAUGUCCGGCCACUCCUGUCUCCUCUUCCGCAUCUCCCACGCCCAAUACGACGAGAUUUGUCUGCCAGUAAUGCUCCGGCAACUUUCCCAACUCUACGAAUCUGCCCCAGUCGAACCAUCCACCCCCUUCUCAGCUUACACCUACCACGUCCUCAACAACGCUCUCCCAAAAUCCCUGCCAUACUGGCAAAACCUCCUCGCCGGCUCUACCCUCUCAAUCCUCAAGCCAGACAUCCCAAUCACAAACACCACCCACUACGCCACCUCCUGCACCUUUGACAUCUCGUCCCGCUCAAAAGACACAACCAUCGCGUCCCUUCCCACCGCCGCCUGGGCCCUCCUCCUCGCCAACCGCCUCAAAACAAGAGACGUCACAUUCGGCGAAGUCGUCAGCGGGCGCUCCAUCGAUUUCCCGUCUUCCUCCCCAGUCGUCGGGCCAUGCUGGCAAUACAUUCCCUUCCGCGUACUCUUCCAACCAUCCUGGACAGCUCUCGACCUCUUAUCCUACAUCCAAACCCAACACCUAGCGUCCUCCGCCCACGAAGCCGUCGGGUUGUCCGAACUCCUCGAGCACUGCGUGGAUUGGCCCGCGACGAGCUGGUUCGACAGCGUGGUGCAUCAGGACGUCGAACAUGUUGAGAAUCUCAGAUUCUUAGGCGCGGAGUGUAGGAUGGAGACGGUGUAUCCGCACAUGGAACCGCUUAGGGAGUGGAAGUUUCAGGCGUUUGUGAGGGAGGGGGGUCGCAGGUUGGAGGUGGAGAUCGUGACGGUGGAGAGUUGGAGGGGGGUUGCGGAGGAGAUUUUGGGGGAGUUGGAGGGGGUUAUGGGGAUGCUUGUUGAGAGGGCGGGGGAGAGGUUGUUUGGGGAGAAGGGAUGA